AUGUUUGACUCAGCUGAUCCAGACAAGAGUGGUGUCCUUAAUGAAAAUGCUGUCAUCCAACUCAUGAAGAAACUCAACUGCAACAUUCAUACGGAGAAAAUCCAACAAAAGUUAAAAGAGCUGCAGAUUAAUCGUGGUGAUGGUACGAGAGGUCGGCUGAACAGCGAGGAAUUCAUUAUGUUAUUUAAAGAAAUUUCUACAAGACCUGAAAUCUACUUCCUUCUUGUCAGAUAUGCCACUAAUUCAGAAUUCAUGUCACUGGAAGACUUACAAAUGUUUGUGGAAGCUGAACAAGGGGAAGCCAGAGUAACCAAAGAAAGAUGCUGGGAAAUCAUCAAUAAAUAUGAACCCUCAAGCGAAGGUCGGACUAAAGGCCACUUAGGAAUAGAUGGUUUCACAGCCUACCUUUUAUCUGAAGAAUGUGAUAUUUUCAACCCAGAGCAUCGACGUGUAUGUCAAGAUAUGAUGCAGCCACUGUGUCACUACUUCAUUGCAAGUUCACACAACACUUACUUAAUGGAAGACCAGCUGAAGGGUCCAUCAAGUGUUGAGGGCUAUGUUAGAGCUUUGAAGAAAGGAUGCAGAUGUGUUGAAUUGGAUGUAUGGGAUGGACCAGAAGAUGAACCUCUUGUCUACCAUGGACGAACACUUACCUCAAAAAUACCUUUCAAGAAUGUUAUUGAAGUCAUCAAUACCUAUGCCUUCAUUUCUUCACGAUAUCCUGUGAUAAUUUGUCUGGAGAACCACUGCAGUCUACCACAGCAGCAGAAGAUGGCUAGAUAUAUUACCUCAAUUUUUGGAGAUAGGUUAUAUCGAGAUGCUGUUGAUGAGAGUAGACAUUGUCUGCCCUCACCUGAAUUCUUUAAAGAACGUAUCUUAAUCAAGGCCAAGAAACUGACUGGAGAUUGCACUGCACAUGAUGAUUAUGUCACUGACGAGGACGAGAGCUCGGAGACUGAACGGAAGAAAACUAAUAAAAGGGAUGGUUCCAUACGAAAACAUAAACUUGCAAAAGAGUUGUCAGAUCUUGUCAAUUAUUGUGUUUCAACACGAUUUGAAGAUUUCCAAGUCUCCCAGCAAUCACAGAAAUAUUGGCAUAUGUGUUCAAUCAGUGAAUCCCAAGCAGUGAAAAUGGCCCUGCAAGGACCUGAGGAGUUUGUGAACCACAACAAGCGUUUUUUGUCUCGUAUCUACCCAAAUGGAAUGAGGGUAGAUUCUAGUAAUUACAACCCACUCGAUCUCUGGAAUUGUGGCUGUCAAAUAGUCUCGGUAAAUUACCAAACACCAGGACUAAUGAUGGAUUUAUACAAUGGAUGGUUCCAGAAGAAUGGUGGGUGUGGUUAUGUAUUAAAACCUGCUGUGAUGAGAGAAGAGAUUUCUUACUUCAGUGCCAAUACCAAAGACGUUUUACCUGAUGUCACUCCCCAGUCACUGCAUGUCAGAAUAAUCAGUGGACAGAAUUUUCCCAAACCUCGAGGUUCUGGUGCCAAAGGAGAUAUUACAGAUCCCUAUAAAGAGAAGACAAAGACGGUGAACAAUAAUGGAUACAAUCCAAUUUUUGAUGAGAGUUUUGAGUUCCAGAUCAACCUACCCGAACUGGCCUUAGUUCGUUUUGCUGUGUUGGAUGAUGAAUUCAUUGGAGAUGAGUUUAUUGGUCAGUACACCAUACCUUUUGAAUGUAUGGAAACAGGUUACAGGCAUAUAAGACUUUUAUCCAACACAGGAGAACUUCUUGAGAAUAGUACACUAUUUGUUCACAUUGCAAUCACCAACAGACGUGGUGGUGGUAAGGGAAACAAGAGGGGCCUCAAAAGAAAUCGGACUCGCAAAGGAGAAUCAAUAUCUGUGAAGAAUACAGGAAUAAAGUGUAUAGAUGAAACUUUUAAGAAUGCAGUGACACCACUAAAGGAAGGACUUGAGCUUCGAGAUAAUGUACAUGAUGCCUUGAUUUCUUUCAAAGAUAUUUGUGGCCUUCAACCCAUUGCCAAUAUUAAACAGGGUGUUCGACUUUUGGCUUCCCGUGUUGUCAAUUCCAGUGGUGAUCAAUUCAGCAUGACUCUCAAAGGCACGUAUCCACAUUUAGAAUAUCGAGGAUCACAGUUUCUACUACCAGAUCUGGUCAAAAAAGCCAUGUACUCCUUUAAUGAUUUGGUGACUAACUGCCGGACCCUAGUGGAAAAUGCGGAUGAAAUUAUUGUGAAGUUGAAUAACUGCCAAACAAUGGGUCUUCAGUGGCAUGAUGACCUUGAUAAUUUAUGCAUACAGUCUGGACUAAAGGGCAAGAAAACUACAAAGGCUAUUGAAAAUUUUGCUUGGAAUGUUCGGAUGUUGCGAGGACAGUCAGACUUGCUACGACAGGCUAAGAAGGAUUGCUUGGAAGAUAUUCGACAGAUUAAAGAAGCUGGUGUACUCAUGGGCCUCCUCAAGGAUUCCACUAACCCUGUAUGA